AUGCCGCUCACCGAAGACCUCCGCCACCUCGCCCGCACCAAGAUCGUCGCGACGGUCGGCCCCAGCUCGCAGGACCACGAGAUGCUGUCCUCGAUGGUCCAGGCGGGCGCCGACGUGUUCCGGCUGAACAUGGCGCACGGCGGGCCGGACGUUCAGCAGCAGAACGUGGACACGAUCCGCCGGGUCAGCGAGGAGCUCGACACGCCGAUCGGCAUCCUGGUCGACCUGGCGGGGCCCAAGUUCCGGCUGGGCGAGAUCGACAACGACCGCAUCUUCUGCGAGACCGACGCCGAGUUCUGGUUUGUCGAGGGCUCGUCCGGGGCCCCCAACGAGUUCACCUGCUCGUACGCGCCGCUGGUGCGUGAGCUCUCGGUUGGCGACCAGGUGAUGCUGGCCGACGGCACCGUCAGCAUGGUGGUGAUCGGCAAGGAGAAGGGGCGGGCCCAGAUGCGGGUCGUGCAGCGGGGCGUGAUCCGCAGCCGGCAGGGCAUCAACCUGCCCGGCGUCAAGCUGAGCGCCCCGGCCAUCAGCGUGGUGGACCACCAGCACGCCAUCUGGGCCGCCGAGGCGGGCGUCGACUUCGUCAGCCUCAGUUUCGUGCGGGCGCCGGACGAGGUCCGCGCGCUCCGCGACAUCCUCCGCUCGAACAACUCCGAGGCCUACGUCAUCUCGAAGAUCGAGAAACGCGAGGCGAUCGACCGCAUCGAGGAGGUCGUGGCCGCCAGCGACGCGGUGAUGGUGGCCCGCGGCGACCUGGGCGUCGAGAUCGACGUCGCGGAGAUGCCGGUCCAGCAGAAGCGGAUCAUCAACACGUGCCACCGCUACCAGAAGCCGGUGAUCAUCGCCACGCAGAUGCUCGACAGCAUGCACGAGUCGCUCCGCCCCAAGCGGGCCGAGGUGACCGACGUCGCGAACGCGGUGCUGGACGGCGCCGACGCCUGCAUGCUGUCCGGCGAGACCGCCAUCGGGCAGUACCCGGUGGAAACGGUCGCCAUGAUGAACCGCAUCUGCCUGGCCACCGAGGCGAGCAUCGCCGACCAGCCCCCGCGGCAGAACGACGGAUCGGUUUCGCCCGUGCUCCACGACAUCACCCGCGCGGUAGUGCGGGGGGCGGGCGCGAUGGCCCACUCGCUGCGGGCCAAGCUGGUGGUCGUGGCGAGCUACUCGGGCAAGACGGCGCUGGCGUUGUCGCAGCAGCGGCACUCCACGCCGACCAUCGGCGUGAGCCAGAACGAGACCACCCUGCGGCGGAUGUGCCUGUACUGGGGCGUGACGCCGCUCCGCGAGGCGCCGGCCGAGGAUAUGCAGGAGCUGAUCCGGCACGCGGACACCUGGGCCUGCCGGGUGGGCUUCGCCGCCAAGGGGGACCGCAUCGUGAUCCUGGGCGGCAGUCAUCUCGCCGCCGGGCCUGGCGGCAACCCGAAGGGCGUGCACGACGUGGUCGUGGUGCACGAGGUGGAGGGCGGCAGCUAA